AUGGCAUUUUCAGCGCCUGAGGUUCUUGCAUGGAGGCCGGCUGAGGAGUUGAUCUCCUGGCCAUCGUGUAGAGGCCUGCUCGCAGAAGCUCGAUCAGUCCACCGACGCCUUCAAGACGCCCUGAAACAAGGAGAGUCGAUCAAAGCAUCAUUGGCUUCCCUGGCUGUCGACGGCGACAGCGAAGAUGAGGAGUUGGCCGAGCUGAGGCUGUUUGUGUCUGAUGUGAUUGCCAAAGUAGCAAAAGCACCACGAAGGGCCAAGUUUAGAAGGGUCCAGGCUGCCCAGGCUGCAUAUGGUGCCAAUCAUGCAAGCCAUGGCAAGCAUGCAUCUCCUGGUCUCUCAAAGGCACCGAACCACCAAGAAGCUCGUUGCCAACCAUCUCCAGCCCUGCCGUGCUCCUUGCACCAUAGCGCAGACCCGAAGAACUGGCCGGAAUGUGACACUGAACUGAAGCCUCAGUCCAGUGACGGAGAAGACUCAGAUCACAAGCCCUUGCACAGACAUUUGAAGCUCUCUCUUCGGAGGCAUCUCCAACAAGGGGUCCAUGCGGAAGCAGUCCGGCACAACAGCGAGCCAGACUUGCAUCUUGCCACGAGCAAGGAACAUACCAGCCAUGCUGCGGCGGAAGCUGAUGCAGCAGGUAAGGCUGCCGAGACUAAUUUUGGAGCGGCUACCCGAUCCCAAGCCGAAGCGAUCGACUUGGAUGUUCUUGCCCGCCCAAAGACCAGCAACCGGCAACCCCAGACAUCACUGCCUUGCAAUGCGAGCAAUUUGACUCGAGUGGAUGUAUUGUACCAAGAGAAUCCUGUUCAGCAGCAAAGGUGCGCACCUGCCCUGCGGGCUAGAGAUUCAAACUCUGAGGAUACGGGCUGUUCACUUGAGGCGUCGCCUGAGCACAUUGAAGCAAGCGCCACACAGUGCACAUCAGCAGAAGCACAGGUGCAGCGCAGGCAGAUGCAUCCAGGAAGAAGGGCCGAUGCACAGCCGGAACCUGCACAUGCAGUUCCAUGGCGACAUGCAGACGCAGUCAGACAUGUCCACGAUGCAACCUGCAGAACGCAAUGCCUUGAGCGAGACACCAACAGCCACCACGAUGUGGAUGGUGGGGGGCAGUUGCCUCAAGCCAGGAGCGCCGCCUGCGCCCCAAGGAAGUGCGAAGCUCUGCGUCCCGCUUCGACAGAUACGUCACCGGGUAUUUGCGGACCGCCAGCCUUGGGCUUCGCUCGAGGCACCGAACAGGAAUCGGGUGCCCUUGAACUGAAGCUUCAGUCCAGUGACGGAGAAGACUCAGAUCACAAGCCCUUGCACAGACAUUUGAAGCUCUCUCUUCGGAGGCAUCUCCAACAAGGGGUCCAUGCGGAAGCAGUCCGGCACAACAGCGAGCCAGACUUGCAUCUUGCCACGAGCAAGGAACAUACCAGCCAUGCUGCGGCGGAAGCUGAUGCAGCAGGUAAGGCUGCCGAGACUAAUUUUGGAGCGGCUACCAGAUCCCAAGCCGAAGCGAUCGACUUGGAUGUUCUUGCCCGCCCAAAGACCAGCAACCGGCAACCCCAGACAUCACUGCCUUGCAAUGCGAGCAAUUUGACUCGAGUGGAUGUAUUGUACCAAGAGAAUCCUGUUCAGCAGCAAAGGUGCGCACCUGCCCAGCGCAGGCAGAUGCAUCCAGGAAGAAGGGCCGAUGCACAGCCGGAACCUGCACAUGUAGUUCCAUGGCGACAUGCAGACGCAGUCAGACAUGUCCACGAUGCAACCUGCAGAACGCAAUGCCUUGAGCGAGACACCAACAGCCACCACGAUGUGGAUGGUGGGGGGCAGUUGCCUCAAGCCAGGAGCGCCACCUGCGCCCCAAGGAAGUGCGAAGCUCUGCGUCCCGCUUCGACAGAUACAUCACCCGAAAUGUCCGAAAGGUUAGAACGGCAAUGGGUUCACGCAGAAUACACAGAAGUGCAAGCCUGGCAAGACUCGAAGGCUGCAUCAACACAACCACUACAGCCACUACCGUCACAAGCAGCCGGGCAAAAAGAACUCCCAGGCAGCUUUGCAAUCAGUCAAGGCGGGAUUGGCAGCGGCCGCCUUGACUGUGCCGUGCCUGCGGCUCGUGCUGCACCCUUUCAACCCCCUGAAAGUCGUUGUACUCACAUUGCACUGCGACCGGCCGGCAUGUUGAGAUGCCGGCUUGACCAACUUGAGGCACCGGAGAGUUCACUGGACCGGGCUUCCGUUUCUCCUGCGCAGGAUGUGCCCUUGAAGCACGAGCACAUGCCUCCAGAGAUUCAACCAGGCCAGACAGGUUCGCAGAGAGCGCUUGAAGGUUCGCAGAUUGCUCCGGUAUGCUUGCCUGAGUCAUGUGACGAUGUCAGGUCCAGGUCCAGCUGUUUCCAUGUUACAACACACCCGCUGUUGGGAGCACAGCUGGAGCAAAACCAUGCGCAUGUGCGAACUGUGCAGGCAGCCGAAAACACAGAAAACGUUCGGCCCAUUCGGCUCUCACAGGUUGUCGGCAAUGCAGGCUUCGAGUCUAUCACGCCAGCUCACACGGUACUACACGGGGCCGCACGAGCGACGGGGGCAUCUGUAGUAUGUGCAGCUACUGGAUCAACCGCAGCAACUGCAGCCUGCACGCAAAUUGUGCCAGACUGGACGUCUACACUCGCGGAGGGUUCGCAGGAUUCUGAAUCCACACCGACGCCAGCGAAUGUCGGCUGCCAGUCGGCACGGGGAUCGUGCAGAGGCGUGCAGUGCGUGCAGGACCUUUUGGAUGAUGUAAGGUCCAGCUCGUUUCGUGUUCCACCGACAUCUUUGACAGGGCUACCAAAGCCAUCGCAUCCAUCGCGCACAGUGCCGGGGCAUGCCUUCGAAGACAACUGCGGCCCGAAGUCCGCAGAUGGUGCUCCGUUUCCUCCACAGACUGCAAACGCAAACGAUGCCCAUGCAACCCUUAGAACAUGCACAGAACCCAUUUCUCCGGUGGAGGUAGCCGACCACGUAGCGCAACUCACGCAUCAGAUGGCAGAUGCUGCGGAGGUGUUCUCGCCUUCCUCGCUUUCCCGCAUCCCUAAACCCAUACAGCCGGCCUUAAGUAUACCUCAGCCAGAAAUCGCUGUUAGUGGGGCGCCUCUGUCUGGACUUGGUCUGGAAUUUGCCUGCCAAGCAGCAAGUCCUUCGCGCGAGGUUCUUGAGCCGGCACGCGUGGAUGACAAGAACGCCCUUGGACCGGCAGUGGCCAUAGCACAUCCAAGCGGUGCUUCCCGUCCACGAGCAGCUGCUCCGGCAACUUCCUGGGUGCCCAUGCAGCGACACGAAACCGAGCCUGAUGCAGCCGGGAUGCUGGAAAGUGAGCCGGUUGUGACUAUCGAGUCGAUCGAGCAGUCGCCGCCGUCUGGACAUCUGCAGCCAGGUCGUCCAAUUGAAGAUGUGACGCCAAUCUCACUUCGGCCCUGGCCAAUGCAGGCAGAGUCGCACCCAGGGAGCACCGAUGCAUCUGCCCACGCUGAAGGAGGUAAGUCUCGAACGCAUGACAAGACAUUCUCAGGUUCGCCGCCUGGGUUCCAGAACGUGCCUGACUGCAUCAAAGAGAUUGGAGCAUCAGCCACGCUUGAGCCGCUUGAGCCGCUUGAGACCUUCCCCGUUAGACUUUUCAGCACGGCAAAAUGUACAGAGGAGCCUUUGGGCGCAGAAGCUUCUGCAUUCAGACCGCGUCAGGCGGCCACUGAUGAAACCAUGCCGCCGCAUCCAUGUGUCUCCCACCAAAUCGAUUCCUUGAGAGAGCCACGGGAAGGGUGCAGCAAAUUGCGAGCCAGUACGUCACAGGGCGCCGCAAGCUCGGAUUUGGCAGUCGGGCAAGUAGAUGCCGCAGACACAACGAGCCAAGCACAGCAAGAGAGCACCAGCCACCUGGAAUCGGGCACUUGUGACAACGGUGCAGGCAGUGGGCCAAAUCCAUCACAUGCACAGCUGGGCGCAUGUGCCACAGGAGGCACGCCAAUUCCAAUCUCACUGCCCCAGCUCGAUGGCAGUGCGAAUCUGGACCUGUCAGGUCGUGCACUGUUGUUGCCGAUUCACCCUUCUGAGCCGCGCCCAAGCGAAAUCAACAGCGGACUGCUAGGGAGCAAUGCAGAAGUUGCCCAACUUGGCAUCUCAGACCACGACCAUGAGAUGCAAAGCACAGGCUCCAGGCAGCCCAGGGCACAGCAGAUGGUGGUUUCCCAAGCUAGGCUGCUGGAGACAGGCGUGCAUCCAGCACAGGGUGCCGCAAGCUCGGAUUUGGGAUCAUGGCCAGUCGGGCAAGUAGAUGCCGCAGACACAACGAGCCAAGCACACCAAGAAAGCACUAGCCACCUGGAAUCGGGCACUUGUGACAACGGCGCAGGCAGUGGGCCAAAUCCAUCACAUGCACAGCUGGGCGCAUGUGCCACAGGAGGCACGCCAAUUCCAAUCUCACUGCCCCAGCUCGAUGGCAGUGCGAAUCUGGACCUGUCAGGUCGUGCACUGUUGUUGCCGAUUCACCCUUCUGAGCCGCGCCCAAGCGAAAUCAACAGCGGACUGCUAGGGAGCAAUGCAGAAGUUGCCCAACUUGGCAUCUCAGACCACGACCAUGAGAUGCAAAGCACAGGCUCCAGGCAGCCCAGGGCACAGCAGAUGGUGGUUUCCCAAGCUAGGCUGCUGGAGACAGGCGUGCAUCCAGCACAGGGCGCCGCAAGCUCGGAUUUGGGAUCAUGGCCAGUCGGGCAAGUAGAUGCCGCAGACACGACGAGCCAAGCACACCAAGAAAGCACUAGCCACCUGGAAUCGGGCACUUGUGACAGCGGCGCAGGCAGUGGGCCAAAUCCAUCACGUGCACAGCUGGGCGCAUGUGCCACAGGAGGCACGCCAAUUCCAAUCUCACUGCCCCAGCUCGAUGGCAGUGCGAAUCUGGACCUGUCAGGUCGUGCACUGUUGUUGCCGAUUCACCCUUCUGAGCCGCGCCCAAGCGAAAUCAACAGCGGACUGCUAGGGAGCAAUGCAGAAGUUGCCCAACUUGGCAUCUCAGACCACGACCAUGAGAUGCAAAGCACAGGCUCCAGGCAGCCCAGGGCACAGCAGAUGGUGGUUUCCCAAGCUAGGCUGCUGGAGACAGGCGUGCAUCCAGCACAGGGUGCCGCAAGCUCGGAUUUGGGAUCAUGGCCAGUCGGGCAAGUAGAUGCCGCAGACACAACGAGCCAAGCACACCAAGAAAGCACUAGCCACCUGGAAUCGGGCACUUGUGACAACGGCGCAGGCAGUGGGCCAAAUCCAUCACAUGCACAGCUGGGCGCAUGUGCCACAGGAGGCACGCCAAUUCCAAUCUCACUGCCCCAGCUCGAUGGCAGUGCGAAUCUGGACCUGUCAGGUCGUGCACUGUUGUUGCCGAUUCACCCUUCUGAGCCGCGCCCAAGCGAAAUCAACAGCGGACUUCUAGGGAGCAAUGCAGAAGUUGCCCAACUUGGCAUCUCAGACCACGACCAUGAGAUGCAAAGCACAGGCUCCAGGCAGCCCAGGGCACAGCAGAUGGUGGUUUCCCUUGCUCGGCUGCUGGAGACAGGCGUGCAUCCAGCACAGGGCGCCGCAAGCUCGGAUUUGGGAUCAUGGCCAGUCGGGCAAGUAGAUGCCGCAGACACAACGAGCCGAGCACACCAAGAAAGCACUAGCCACCUGGAAUCGGGCACUUGUGACAACGGCGCAGGCAGUGGGCCAAAUCCAUCACAUGCACAGCUGGGCGCAUGUGCCACAGGAGGCACGCCAAUUCCAAUCUCAAUGCCCCAGCUCGAUGGCAGUGCUAAUCUGGACCUGUCAGGUCGUGCACUGUUGUUGCCGAUUCACCCUUCUGAGCCGCGCCCAAGCGAAAUCAACAGCGGACUGCCAGGGAGCAAUGCAGAAGUUGCCCAACUUGGCAUCUCAGACCACGACCAUGAGAUGCAAAGCACAGGCUCCAGGCAGCCCAGGGUACAGCAGAUGGUGGUUUCCCAAGCUAGGCUGCUGGAGACAGGCGGGCAUGAAACAGAGAAAUCCGGUGAUUCCGUGCAUGAUGUUGCGUCAGGUUCAGUCCACCUCGCCAGUCCAGGAGCAUUGCCACAGGAGCAAGCCACAGAUUCACAGCUGACAAGGUCCAGCCAUCAGGACUCCGGCGGUUGCGGGCCAGGCAUGCCUGGCGCAGCGGUCGCACAUGUCGACGUGCCAUUGGUGCCGGCAGUCGCUCGGCGCAGCAGCGAGGAACAUCCGAUGUUGCCGGCUCAUGCGCGUCCACUUGACCUGGUUGAAGAGUCUUCGAGCGAAUUCACCAGCACCCCUCAGGGGAGCACUGCAGCAGUUUCCCCGCUUGGCAACUCCGAGCAUUGUAUGAAUGGCACGCGCUCCAGAAAGCCCAAAGAAGAGCAGAUGCGUGGGCUAGCUGUGCAUCCAAGAGCGGUUUCGCAAGCUGUGCCGCCAGAGACAGGCAGGCAUCCAGCAGCGAAAUCCAUGGAUUCCGUGCAUGAUGUUGCAUCAGGGUCUGUCCACUUCGCCAGUCCAGCAGCACUGCCACAGGAGAAAGCCACGGAUUCACAGCUGACAAGGUCCAGCCAUCAGGACUCCGGCGGUUGCGGGCCAGGCAUGCCUGGCGCAGCGGUCGCACAUGUCGACGUGCCAUUGGUGCCGGCAGUCGCUCGGCGCAGCAGCGAGGAACAUCCGAUGUUGCCGGCUCAUGCGCUUCUACCACUUGACCUGGUUGAAGAGUCUUCGAGCGAAUUCACCAGCACCCCUCAGGGGAGCACUGCAGCAGUUUCCCCGCUUGGCAACUCCGAGCAUUGUAUGAAUGGCACGCGCUCCAGAAAGCCCAAAGAAGAGCAGAUGCGUGGGCUAGCUGUGCAUCCAAGAGCGGUUUCGCAAGCUGUGCCGCCAGAGACAGGCAGGCAUCCAGCAGCGAAAUCCAUGGAUUCCGUGCAUGAUGUUGCGUCAGGUUCAGUCCACUUCGCCAGUCCAGGAGCACUGCCACACGAGAGGUCCAGCCACCAGGACUCCGGCGGUUGCGCGCCAGGCAUGCCUGGCGCAGCGCACGCACAUGUCGACGUGCCAUUGGUGCCGGCAGUCGCUCGGCGCAGCAGCAACGAACAUCCGAUGUUGCCGGCUCAUGCGCUUCUACCACUUGACAUGGUUGAAGAGUCUUCGAGCGAAUUCACCAGCACCCCUCAGGGGAGCACUGCAGCAGUUUCCCCGCUUGGCAACUCCGAGCAUUGUAUGAAUGGCACGCGCUCCAGAAAGCCCAAAGAAGAGCAGAUGCGUGGGCUAGCUGUGCAUCCAAGAGCGGUUUCGCAAGCUGUGCCGCCAGAGACAGGCAGGCAUCCAGCAGCGAAAUCCAUGGAUUCCGUGCAUGAUGUUGCAUCAGGUUCGGCCCACUUCGCCAGUCCAGCAGCACUGCCACAGGAGAAAGCCACGGAUUCACAGCUAACAAGGUCCAGCCAUCAGGACUCCGGCGGUUGCGGGCCAGGCAUGCCUGGCGCAGCGGUCGCACAUGUCGACGUGCCAUUGGUGCCGGCAGUCGCUCGGCGCAGCAGCGAGGAACAUCCGAUGUUGCCGGCUCAUGCGCUUCUACCACUUGACCUGGUUGAAGAGUCUUCGAGCGAAUUCACCAGCACCCCUCAGGGGAGCACUGCAGCAGUUUCCCCGCUUGGCAACUCCGAGCAUUGUAUGAAUGGCACGCGCUCCAGAAAGCCCAAAGAAGAGCAGAUGCGUGGGCUAGCUGUGCAUCCAAGAGCGGUUUCGCAAGCUGUGCCGCCAGAGACAGGCAGGCAUCCAGCAGCGAUAUCCAUGGAUUCCGUGCAUGAUGUUGCAUCAGGGUCUGUCCACUUCGCCAGUCCAGCAGCACUGCCACAGGAGAAAGCCACGGAUUCACAGCUGACAAGGUCCAGCCAUCAGGACUCCGGCGGUUGCGGGCCAGGCAUGCCUGGCGCAGCGGUCGCACAUGUCGACGUGCCAUUGGUGCCGGCAGUCGCUCGGCGCAGCAGCGAGGAACAUCCGAUGUUGCCGGCUCAUGCGCUUCUACCACUUGACCUGGUUGAAGAGUCUUCGAGCGAAUUCACCAGCACCCCUCAGGGGAGCACUGCAGCAGUUUCCCCGCUUGGCAACUCCGAGCAUUGUAUGAAUGGCACGCGCUCCAGAAAGCCCAAAGAAGAGCAGAUGCGUGGGCUAGCUGUGCAUCCAAGAGCGGUUUCGCAAGCUGUGCCGCCAGAGACAGGCAGGCAUCCAGCAGCGAAAUCCAUGGAUUCCGUGCAUGAUGUUGCGUCAGGUUCAGUCCACUUCGCCAGUCCAGGAGCACUGCCACACGAGAGGUCCAGCCACCAGGACUCUGGCGGUUGCGGGCCAGGCAUGCCUGGCGCAGCGCACGCACAUGUCGACGUGCCAUUGGUGCCGGCAGUCGCUCGGCGAAGCAGCAACGAACAUCCGAUGUUGCCGGCUCAUGCGCUUCUACCACUUGACCUGGCUGAAGAGUCUUCGAGCGAAUUCACCAGCACCCCUCAGGGGAGCACAGCAGCAGUUUCCCCGCUUGGCAGCUCCGAGCAUUGUAUGAAUGGCAUGCGCUCCAGAAAGCCCAAAGAAGAGCAGAUGCGUGGGCUAGCUGUGCAUCCCAAAGCGGGGGAUUCGCAAGCUUUUGCGGAAGAUGGACGUUUCGGCAUCUCAGAGCAGCCCUUGCGUAAGCCCAGACAACUGCAGAGGAGUUGGUCAGACAUACCUGCAAAAGUAGCCGAAGCUUCUCAAGCGAUUCCUCUGCAUUCAGCUGGGACGUCCAACAAUAUUGUUCAUUGUCUUGCUUCAGCUUCGGUCCGUCCCACAAGUCCCUGUUUCUCGGGGACGCUGCCACGGCAGACAGAAGCAGCAGAAGCAAUUGCCGGCCAAGGUCUGGCACAGCAAAGAAGAUUCCACCGCCAAGGGUCAGGAAUUGUUCUCAGCGAUGCAGGUGGUGAGCUAAACGCAAUGCAUGCUUUCGAUGGACAUGGUGCAGCCCAGCUCGUCGGCCAUGCCGAUGCGGGUCCAUCAGCUCAUGUACUUCCUCUUUACCGUUCUGAACGACUUGCCAGCAGAACAUCCAGUGUUGGCGGCGUGGAAGACGCACAUUUUGUCAGUUCAGAGCAGCCCUUGCGUGCAGCAAGCUUCCAGAAGCCCAGACAACAGCUGCAGAGAAGUUGGUCAGACAUACCUGCAAAAGUAGCCGCAGCUUCUGAAGCGAUUCCUGUGCAUUCAGCUGGGAUCUCGGGGACGCAGCCGUUGCAGGCAGCAGACGCAACAGCCGGCCAAAGAAGCUUCCACUGCCAAGGGUCAGGAAUGGUGUUCAGCGAUGCAGGCGGUGAGCCAAGCACAAUGCAUGCUUUGGAAGGAUAUGAUGCAGCCCAGUUCGUCGGCAAUGCCGAUGCAGGUCCAUCAGCUCAUGUACUUCCGCUUCACCGAUCUGGGCUACUUAGACAACAACUGCAGAGGAGUUGGUCAGACAUACCUGCAAGAGUAGCCGAAGCUUCUCAAGCGAUUCCUGUGCAUUCAGCUGAGACAUCCAGCCAUCAUGUUCGUUAUCUUGCUUCAGCUUCGGUCCGUCCCACAAGUCCCUGUUUCUCGGGGACGCCGCCGCUGCAGACAGAAGCAGCAGAAGCAAUUGCCGGCCAAGGUCUGGCACAGCAAAGAAGAUUCCACCGCCAAGGGUCAGGACCUGUAGACACUGGGCCAAUCACGACACAUGCGCUUUUGGAAGGAGUUGAUGCAGGAUGCAUCCAAGACUUCAGUGGCAACAUGGAGCCGGCCGUGCACACCUCUCGACCACGCUCAAGCAGCAGGACCACAACACCAUCGGGAAGCGCAAAUGCUCAAUCCUGCAAAUUUGCAGAGCCUUCUGACGAGAUGCAUCUGCAACCACCCCCACCGGGCGGCCGUGAGACUUCUUUGCAUGGUAUGCAUGGUCAAGGUAGCCAGAAUGGUCUUGCAUCGCCAGAACUCUGCAUCUCAUUUGGUGAUGCCGGGCCCGAGUGGUCUGGAUCCGAGCGAGACCACAUAGACCACUCGAGCCUUUCAAGAUCGUUUGUGCGGCAUGCUGCCUCGGGGAAUGCCAGAUUUGUCACAAACACAGCUCUCGAAAGGACCGGAAGUCUGAGUUCGGUGACAGCAAGCGAGGCUGAAUUUCGGAAUGAGGCGCUUCCUUACCAAGCUGUCGUCACCGGCACAGUCAAGAGCUUCACAAAACAGGCCUGCAGCUAG